ACCGCUGUCAUAAUUUAGAAACUGAUCAUGAGUCCAGUGUCCCUUCGUCAAAAACAUUGAGCUUGUGAAAUGUUUCCAAUGGGUCAGAGAUUCAAUGCUUACAUCAUCUGCUGCUCAGAUUUGGAGCUAUGUCCAUUUAUCAGUUUUUCAUACUAGUUCACUAUCACUUGGCUGAAGAAUGGGUCUAACUUUCAACAAUUAAAGCCUUACAAAAUGAUGGGGUGGCAAUUUUGAUAAAUUUGUUUGGUGGCAGAACCUAUGAAACUCCUUGCUUCUCCCCUUCGCUGCUGUUGCUAAACCUGGUGAUAGUUGCACCGCAUCCAUUGGCUGCUACAGAAUGUGCAGCCUUGUAAAGAAGAGAGGGAAUGCUGGGAAUAAUAAUGAGGUGGUGGAGCAUAAUGUUGGUGGAAGCAAGUGAACAUGGUGGUUGAGAUUGAGAUUUUGGAUUGCCUCCAAUGGUUGUUAAUCAUGCUUCAUUUCAUGGAACAGGCAAGAGGGAUGGAGAUCUUAGGUUCAAGCUGUGUCAUUACCGCCUCAAAAAAUAGUGUAUAGCUAAAAAUAGAUAUGCCCUGAGGUAUAAAAAUUAAGAAACGAGCUAUGUAGGGUGCACAAAUUUUGGAAAUUAAUAGCCUGAUCUGUUAUAACAGCAAAUCCUACCCGAUUUCCACUCCCUUGUCUCUGUCUUUGGUGUGUCUUGGUUCGAAAACUAACCAUGUUUUACGUAAGACAGAUUUGAAUAUGUCCACCCUGUGAAAAAUCUGAUGAGGCAUCCUCAUUAUGCAUGCAAUUAACAAGAAGGAACAGCAGCGUUCAUCUUCAUCGUCAUCUCUCAUGAAUUCUUCCUUAUCCCAGAAAAAUCAAAGUAAUAUUCUCUCAUUGAUCACACAUACACCAAUUCCUCAAUGAACAAAAAUGGAUGAGGAUAAAGAGGAAAUAAUAAUCAUCUGAUCUUCUUGUCCGUCAAGUCUCAAUACACAAAUGCCUGUAGAAGACCCCACUUCCGGGCGCUUAUUUAUAUGGCUCGUCUCUUUCUUCUUGUUUAUUACUAUAGCUGCUGGAGGCAGCUUGCUGCUUAUGUACGUUGUCCUCCCUGCAGACCCAUCUAGGGCUUGGUUUCCUGUUGCAGGUAUAGCCCUGGUUUGCCUGCCUUGGCUAUUUUGGGUACUCACAUGCUUCUAUCGAAUUCUUUCUCGAAUCUUUGGAUUUCGGAUUGCUGUUGGUUCUAUUAAUGGUGGUGGUGAUGCAGGAGGUGGCCAUCCAAAUGUUUUUAACACGACAGGAAAUGCAGCAACUGAUAACGAAUCUGGUAACAUCGAAAAUCCGGGAGGAGAUGGAAGUCAGGAUGAUUUUGAAGGGCCCAUGGUGAUGGUAGAGAGAAAUGAUAGUGGUGGUGGCAAUGGAAAAACUGCAAUUAAGAGGAAUUUAUCAGCAAGCAAUUCAAUCAACAUGUCUUUUAGGUCACAUGAGAGUGAAUUGCCAUUGACCUCAUCCAUGGCAUGUUGAUUGAUUCAUUGAGCUAAGGUGGUGAUGAUUUGAAUGAAGGGAGGAGCUUCCUCAAUCUAAUCCUUGAUCUGUUUUCCCCAAGGAAGCCGUUCAUGUCCUUGCUACAAUCCAAUAGCUACACACAUACAUGUCUGGUCAUAACAUUACACAAAGUUGCAUAAAACUACACUGAUCAUGGAUGGAAUGCAGAAAAAAAUGAUUUAUGUAUCUGUCAUUAUAAUGAUCUUGAGAUUGUUUCAAGAAUGUUUGUUCUCCUUCCCAGAUUUACUAGGCAUUAUUUUUUUUCUUUUUCCUUUCACAGAUUUCUUAGGUAUAGGCAUUUUUUCUCUUGUUCACUCCAUUCAUAGAUUUCCUGUCAGAAAAUUUCGAAUACAAGACAGACUUCCUGGUUUCUGUUCUUUUAUGUUCUUGUAUUUAAAUUGUUGAUAAUUAAGUAAUGUUAAUGCAAUCUUCAAUCAAUGCAUAUACAAUGUAAAGCUUAA